GAACAAAUAGGCAAUUGCAAUAAAACGGCGAUCCGCCCACAAAAGUUGGAACCCUAACUGCGGGAGCUAUCGAUUCAUUCGUUUGGAAAGUUUUCUUUUCUUGUAAAAUUUGGUUGAAUUUGGUGGAUUGUUCGUCUCCGUUUGCGACUCGAGCUGCUGGAUGGUGUUGGACGCGAGCAAGAAGAAGGCGGCGGCCAAGAAGGCCGCGGCGGCAGCGAAGAGGGGAGGGAAGUCCUCUGCCACGUCGUCGAAGGCGACCGCCGGGGUGCCGAACGGGGCGGCUGUGGAGAAGCUCACUGAUGGAGCUGGAUCGCUGCGGAUCUCGGAUCGGACCUGCACUGGUGUACUCGCCUCGCAUCCCGUCUCCAGAGAUAUCCAUAUUGAGUCCUUAUCAUUAACCUUUCAUGGGCAUGACCUUAUAGUGGAUUCUGAGAUGGAGCUCAACUAUGGCAGGCGCUAUGGUUUGUUGGGACUGAACGGCUGUGGGAAGUCCACUCUCCUCUCAGCAAUAGGAUGCAGAGAGCUACCCAUUCCUGAGCACAUGGAUAUAUAUCACCUUACCCGAGAGAUUGAAGCUUCAGAUAUGUCUGCCCUGGAGGCUGUCAUCAAUUGCGAUGAAGAAAGAUUGAGAUUGGAGAAAGAAGCUGAAAUGUUAGCUGCUGAGGAUGGUGGUGGUGGAGAAGCUUUGGAUCGCAUCUAUGAGCGGUUGGAAGCAAUAGAUGCAUCCACAGCUGAGAAGCGGGCUGCUGAGAUUUUGUAUGGACUUGGUUUUAAUAAACAAAUGCAAGCAAAGAAAACACGUGACUUCUCUGGUGGGUGGCGCAUGAGGAUUGCAUUGGCUAGAGCAUUGUUUAUGAACCCUACCAUCCUCUUGCUUGAUGAGCCCACAAAUCAUCUUGAUUUGGAGGCAUGUGUCUGGUUGGAAGAGACUCUGAAAAAGCUUGAUCGUAUCUUAGUUGUGGUAUCACAUUCUCAGGAUUUUCUUAAUGGUGUCUGUACCAACAUCAUCCACAUGCAGAACAAGAAGCUUAAAUUCUACACUGGCAACUAUGACCAAUAUGUCCAGACUCGUGCAGAGCUAGAAGAAAACCAGAUGAAGCAGUACAAGUGGGAGCAGGAGCAAAUUGCUUCUAUGAAAGAGUACAUUGCUCGUUUUGGUCAUGGUUCUGCUAAACUGGCCCGUCAAGCCCAAAGUAAGGAGAAAACCCUUUCCAAGAUGGAACGCGGUGGACUGACAGAAAAAGUUGUGAAGGACAAAGUGUUGGUCUUUCGCUUCACGGAUGUCGGUAAACUCCCUCCGCCAGUCCUGCAAUUUGUGGGAGUAACUUUCGGCUACACUCCAGAUAACCUCAUUUAUCAGAACCUUGAUUUCGGAGUGGACCUUGAUUCCAGAAUAGCACUAGUAGGGCCCAAUGGUGCUGGGAAGAGCACAUUGCUCAAGCUGAUGACCGGUGAUCUUAUUCCUCUUGAUGGAAUGGUUAGGCGGCACAAUCAUCUUAGAAUUGCCCAGUUUCAUCAGCAUCUAGCCGAGAAGCUUGAUUUAGAGAUGUCAGCACUUCAGUACAUGAUGAAAGAAUACCCAGGCAACGAGGAAGAGAGGAUGAGGGCUGCAAUCGGAAAGUUUGGACUGUCAGGAAAGGCACAGGUGAUGCCAAUGAAGAACUUGUCAGAUGGUCAGAGGAGCAGGGUGAUCUUUGCUUGGCUGGCCUGGAGGCAACCUCAUAUGCUGCUGCUCGACGAGCCGACAAAUCAUCUGGAUAUCGAGACCAUUGACUCCCUAGCAGAAGCACUGAAUGACUGGGAUGGGGGUCUGGUGUUGGUGAGCCACGACUUCAGAUUGAUCAAUCAGGUGGCUGAGGAGAUUUGGGUAUGCCAGAACCAAGCGGUGACGGGGUGGGAGGGUGACAUCAUGGAUUUUAAGGAGCAUCUGAGGAGCAACGCAGGGUUGUCUGAUUAAUUUAUCAAUAGAAGUAGAUUUCACUUGAGAAAUCAAUUCUAUUAUAAGGCUAUGUUGUUAAUCAUAUUCGUUUUUGACACUAAUGCAUGACUUUGAGCCACCUUUUCGUUUGGCAAAUUCUGCCCAGAAGAAGCCUCACCUAUUGUUAUCCUUAUGGCAAGUAUUAUGUUAGUUGUUGCCAUAUAAUAUGUAUUAUCAGCAAUGCUGGUAAAGGCCGUCUCGUUUCUGAUUUAACGAGAUUGCCAGAUGGUGUUUAGAAGUUUUGCCUCAUUAGAAUUCAAUUCUCUGAGUGUUUUAGCCCAAA